CCAGUCCCGUAUCGUCUUGUCUUUUCUCUUCCAACAGCUCGGUGUGCCUAGGCCAGUAUUCUACGCUGCCUACCAUAUACUCGCCUCUUUCUCAGACGGCGUAGGUAUCCCACUGUAACACUGGACACAGAGCAGAGUAUCCGACCGUUUAGCACCUGCAUGCCAGACUUGUUCUCAACACGACCAACUGCCAGUUCCUCGGGGCUCGCCUCUGCUUUUCCUUUGGCAGCUCCUCCGGCUUCGACAUUGGCACUAGUCCGUGCAGUCUUCCCUCUGAGCAUCCCACAAAUACUUGAACGGUACUCUCGACCACAUCAGAACCCCGUCGUUGUCGUCGUCUCUUGCCCAGAGCCCCGGUAUUGCUCAGGAAUAGACUGGGCUUUCCGGAGGACCCAUACUCGCCUUCGUAAGACUUUCCUCUCCUUGGGAAUUUGGCCACCGUUCUACCGGCGACUCGAUAUUUUCUCUGCCCUGUGGUUUUGUCCCAUCCUCUCUCUGCUUUCCGGGUCUCAUGUUGGGUCUUUCUCUUCCUCCCCCAUAAGUAUCAUUGGACGUUCGACGACCAAACAAGAUCUUUGUGUUGCCUUGGUCACUCAAACACGCGGCGGCAGCAGCAGCAGCAGCAGCAACUCUAACGGAUCAUACCAGGAGCCUUCGCCGAGCGCUCACUCGCUUAAGCCAACUUGUCACUCCACCGGCGGAGUUUCUUCACUCGAUCUGCUCUGGCGUCGCUAUUCUUUCUUUCUUGGCCUCUCGUUGCCUCAUCUGCCCUUGCUUUGAACAACACUCGGAAAAGCGUCCAGCUAGCAUCCUUCAUCUUACUCAAGAAU